ACGAAUUCAGCCAUUGAAGUGGAUGACAAACGAUAUGAAUUCAAUAUCUUUGAUGUUCCUCGUACUGCUUACAUACAGUCAAAUCGUCCAUUCAAAUGUCGAGAAGGUCAUCUUCACAUCCUCUUUGGCAGAGCCAUAUCCUACAGACGCCAGCUUCGACAAUCUCCUCCUCGUCCCACUCUCUGAGGAACACCCUACGCUCAGGACUCAGCUCAAUGUAAGCUUCCCAAACAGUUCGUCCCCAAACGGACAGGCGCAUUGGUUUUUCCUGGAAAGUCUGCGCCCACACCAGCGCUACGAAGUUCGCAUAUGCUGGGCAGCCACCCAACCGACAGAGUUCUCACUUGCUACCUUCCAAGUUGAUGCCGUGCUUUCGGAUAGCAGCCUCCUCUCAUCAGUGAGCGAAUAUGCCUAUGCACGCCAUGCGAAGCUCGGUACCGGAGACAUCGAGGCACUCCAACGGCGCAAGACCGCUGUUCGGCCCGAUACAACCCUCCUGUUCCUCCGAAUUCUUGCCGCUGCAGACUAUUACAGUCCGAAUGACACAUUGAUGAUGGCAGCACCGCCCGUGGCAGUCGACGUUAUUUUAGAUCGCUAUAUCUUCAACGUGUUCCCCAAGUCUCUCAUACCCACGGCACUUUAUCUGGUGUUGAUAGCGGGCUGUGCGUGGUUUGUCUCGGGAUGGGUGUCAAGGGUGUGCACAGCUCCAUCUAAUGAGCCUCCCACAUCCAAAAAGUCGCAGUAGAUGCGCCUAGCAUUAUGACGAGGAUGCAGUUGCUGUUUAGAAAUAUUGGUCAAGGCCCUGGCAUUGCGAAUGGGUCUUGUAGCUGAUCAAAUUCGGUCAUCAACGAGAAAAGCGGAAACUCUUCUGCAUAAGAUGGCAGACUCGGCACUCCCGAUCCGUCAGGCGAGAGGCCAUCCGUCUCGAGCAUCUGAGGAAAAUCUUGUCGGGGAAGCAUCUGUACUUGGUCCCCUCCAUCCUCACCGUUGUAAGCCAAUGCUCCAGACGUGGUGAGCACCGGUCCCCGGCUUUCAGGAGGCAUGUCGAAACGCAAUUGCCACGGCGGCGGCGCAUCUUCGAGCUGCUCGGUGGCGUCGAAAUCCCCCAGACCAUUACUCUGGUUCACCAAUGGUGCCUUUACAGUGUCAACGGGCGUCUGGUCUCCCGUCGUCGACCCCGUUGACUUUGCCCCGCUGCCCUUGUUGAUAGGAUCGCCGAAGAUGUUGUGGAUGUCCUGCCGUCGCUUCUGCAUUUGGACCUGGUCACGCCGCUUGAUGUGUUCCAGGGCAGCGAGGUGAAGAUUCUUGGUGAUCUCAUCGUGUCGUCGAGCGGACAGAUCAUCUUUGGCCGCCAUGGCCAGGAUGGAUUCUGCUUGGACAAUGCUACUCAGCAAGGGGAAGGACUUGUCAAAGUCGCCAAAGAUUGCGAACCCGAUCACCAUGGCGGCGAUGAAGACGCUGUUGGUGACCAUGAAGAGCCUUUUCGGCACGCCAGGGAUGUGGACCAGGUCGGUCGCGAUCUCGACACUCCUGAGUGCAGCGUCUAUGCAGGCCUCGCUCAGGGUCAUGGUGACGGAGUUACCGGCCGUGUUGUCUUCGUCCUGCCGUCCUUUGAUCUUGGAAGAGACCUUGAAGAUCAAGAAAGGCCUGGUUAACAGGAUUAUAGACCAAUAGUACUCGCAUUUGAGAUGGGCAAUGCCUAUUGUUUGCCGCAGCGUCGGUGCCGUCGUACCUGCCUUCUGGUCCAGACUGUCGGCUUGCAAGCCUGCGGGCAAUUGCAUCGUCCAGUCUCGAUACUGCCUGGAUAUACUUUCCACGAGCUGCACAGAGACCUCUCGGCGGCAAUACACCUCGUUUAGUAUCCUUUCAAAG